AUCGAAGCCAGCCAGCGGUACGACGAGUUCAGCAAGGCGCAGUUCAACGAGGUGAAAGCCUACUUUGACCUUUUCCCCCAGCUGACCGACUUCACCCGUCGGCAGCUGGAGAAGAUGGGCAUCAUCGGGACGUCGGCGCUGACCAAGGCCGACGCCUCCACCUUUAGCCGAUCCUCGCUGGAGAUGAAGAAGGUGUACAGCACGGCGAGGAUCACCGCCGGCGGGAGGCCCAAUCUGGAGCUGGAGCCUGAUUUGACGGAAAUUCUAGCAAACAGCUCCGACGAAAAGCUGCUCCGUGAAGUUUGGGUCAACUGGCGGGACGCCACCGGCCCCCUGAUGCGCCAGGACUACAUCACCUACUACACGCUAGGGAACAAGGCGGCCAGGCUGAACUCCCUCCCCGGGAAGGACUUCCGCACCUACGACGACCUGUGGAUGGCCGAGUGGGAGACGGCCGACAUGAAGGCCCAGGUGGAUAAGUUGAUGGAAGAAACGAUGCCCCUCUACCAGAAGAUCCACGCCUACGUCCGCUACCACCUGAAGGAGAAGUACGGCGACGGGGUGAUGCCCGCCGACGGCACCAUUCCCGCCCACCUGCUGGGCAACAUGUGGGCGCAGCAGUGGGGCAACCUACUGAACAUUAUCCCCGAAAUGAAUCCCAAUCCCGAGAUGAAGCCGAUCGACACCAAAGUGAACGAGAAGUUACAGACCUGGACCGUCAAGAAGAUGUUCGAACUGUCGGAGAAGUUCUUCGCCGACCUGGGCAUGCAGAAGAUGACCGACACCUUCUGGAAGAAGUCGAUUCUGGAGAAGCCCACUGACCGGAAUCUUACCUGCCACGCCUCCGCCUGGGACUUCUACGACGCCUCGAAGACCGACUUCCGCAUUAAGCAGUGCACUGAAAAGACCAUGUCCGACCUGGUCACCGUCCACCACGAGAUGGGCCACAUUCAGUACUACAUGAACUACGUGGUGCAGCCGCCCAUCUACCGGCGAGGGGCGAACCCCGGUUUCCACGAGGCCAUCGGCGACCUGAUCGCCCUGGCCGUCGCCACGCCCCAGCACCUGGUGAAGGUGGACCUGCUGGACCCGAUUCCGCCGGCGGAUGUGGAGAAGAUCAACCUCAACUACCAGAUGAAGAUGGCCCUUGACAAGGUCGCCUUCCUCCCCUUCGCCUACGUCAUGGACAAGUGGCGGUGGGACGUCUUCGGCGAGGUGGCCACCACUGAGACGGCGAUGAACCGGCGGUGGUGGGAGUACCGCCUGCAGUACCAAGGACUGUCGCCGCCCAUCACCGACCGGAAGCGAAAUGAGCGGGACUUUGACCCGGGCGCCAAGUACCACAUUCCGGCCGGGGUCGAGUACGUCCGCUACUUUGCCUCGCACGUGCUGCAGUUCCAGUUCUACGAGAGGAUGUGCAAGACGGUGGCGGGCAUCACCGAGCAGAACCUCUACACCUGCGACUUUGACGGGAACAAGGAGGCGGGCGCGGCGCUGAUGGCGAUGCUAGCGCAGGGCAGCUCCAGGAGCUGGCCGGACAUUCUGGAGAGCUUCAUCGGCAGCCGGACGAUGAGCCUCGGGUCGCUGAACAAGUACUUCAAACCUCUAAAUGAUUAUCUUGAUAAGUUCAUCGCUGAUAAUAAGAUCACCGUUGGUUGGAACGCCAAGGUGGAAGACUACGUGGAGCCGAUGAACGCCGCCGACUUUUUGGCCGCCGCAAACGAGCAGUACCGCCGGGCACUGAACGCCAUGACCGACGCCGAGUGGCAGCAAGGCUCGGACAUCUCCGAAACGAACGAGGCGAAUCUGGUGGAGGCGGUGGAGGAUUUCAACGCCUUCCGCCAGAAGCAGUUCACCCAGACGAAGGCGUUCAACUUCUCCGCCCUUGCACCGCUUCAGCGGCGCCAAUUUGAGAAGUUCGCCGUCAUCGGGACGUCGGCGCUGAACGAGGCCGACGCGAGCACCUUCACCAACGCCAAGCUGGCCAUGGAGACCGUUUUUAGUACGGCGACGAUUGACGCCGGCGGAAACAGUAGUCUCACCCUGGAGCCCGAUCUGACGGAGAUUCUCGCCACCUCCACUGAUGAGCCGCUGUUGAAGGAGGUGUGGACGAAGUUCAGGGAUGCGACGGGGCGGAAGAUGCGCCAGAACUACACGACCUACUUUACGCUGGGGAAUAAGGCCGCCACGCUGAAUACGCUGCCUGGAAAGG